UGCACCCACGUGCGCAUCAGAAGCCCCGGCGGAGAUGAUGCGGAAGUUUAUCGCAAUAGGAAAGGAGUCUUCUCCCUGAACGUCCAGGCCAUCACCGGCCCACAGCUACAGUUCUUUGAUGUUGUGGCAAGUUGGCCAGGAUCUGUGCACGACAGCCGCAUCUUUGAUGGCAGUCGUGCGCGUGCCCUUUACGAGGAGAGCAGAGUGCCCGGCGUCCUGCUGGGGGAUAUGGGCUAUGCCUGUCUCCCUUUCCUGAUGACGCCGCUCGCAAACCCUGGAGCGGCAAAUAGUCCCGGAGGGAGGUACAACAAGGCCCAGAUCCGAACGAGGAACUCCGUCGAGAGGGCCUUUGGGGUCUGGAAGAGACGAUUUCCCUGUUUAGAUAUGCGGCUCCAGCACAAGACUCGCCACUCAUGCAGCAUCAUCACCGCGUGUGCGGCUUUGCAUAAUCUGGGACGUGCAAGAAAUGAGCCCCUACCUCCUCCUCCACCCCCGCCACCAAGUCCCAGGGCACGGAAUGCCAGAAGGCGGCGGCAGCCACACCUGCCACCGAUUCUCCCGGAGGACUCUCCUUCGGAUCUGCGUAUCCGGCAGAACAUCAUUCUGCUGAGCUUUACGUGA